CUUACAAAGGCUCAGCCAGAGAAGAUCAGACAGCAGGGAACUCAGUUAGCGUAAGGUCUGAUCUGGGUCCGAGAUGGAGUUCGAAGCCCCCGUGAACGAUGGCAUCAAGGCUGGUGGGAGCAACACAGAAAACCACAAGGACGAUCCCAUGGCCCAUUCAAAGAACAAGGCGGAAGGCGCGAAGAAGCUCGCUGAUAUUUUUCGAAUGUCCAAACUGAAGGUAUUUCUGCUGGCACUUUCUUUUGCCUAUCUGGCCAAGACCAUGUCUGGAGCUUACAUUAACAGCAUGCUCACACAACUUGAACGGCGGUUCAACAUCCCUGCCUCAUUAGUUGGAGUUAUCAAUGGAAGCUUUGAAAUGGGUAACUUGCUGGUGAUUGCCUUUGUGAGCUAUCUCGGAGCAAAAUGUCACAGACCGCGCCUAAUUGCUGUGGGUUGCACAGUCAUGGGCUUGGGGUGUUUCCUGAUAGGGCUGCCUCAUUUUCUGAUGGGAAGGUACCAGUAUGAAAAAAGUGUUUCUUUAUCAGAAAAUUCUUCUUCAUUCAUGGCUGUUUGCCUUGCCAAUCAUACCAUGCCUACUGAAGAAACCUCAGAAGAAUGUAAAAAGCAGGCUGGAUCGCUGAUGUGGGUGUUUCUGUUGGUGGGAAACAUCAUCCGAGGUGUUGGCGAAACGCCCAUCACCCCUUUAGGCAUUUCGUAUGUGGAAGAUUUUGCAAAAUCCGAAAAUUCUCCUUUCUACAUUGGCUGCCUACAGAUAGCGACUGUCCUGGGCCCAUUAUUUGGCUUAAUGUUGGCUUCAUAUUGUGCACAGCUGUAUGUGGAUGUUGGAUUCGUAGACCUAGCGGAUUUGACAUUGAACCUCCUCGAUGCUCGCUGGGUUGGGGCCUGGUGGCUGGGAGUCAUGCUAUGUGCUGGGGUGAACUUCUUGGUCGCCAUCCCCUUCUUCUUCUUGCCCCGGACCCUUCCAAAAGAAGGAGAAGAAAAGGAUGUCCAUUUAGGAACCAAGGGAAACAGAACACUGCUGCAAAGGGAAAGUGUGAGUCAGGCCAACCAGAAAAUAAGUGAAAUUGCUAAAGAUUUCAUCCCAUACCUGAAAAGUCUUUUCCACAACCCAAUUUACAUGCUUUUUAUAUUGAUCACUGUGCUGCAGUUUAGUGCUUACAUCGGAAUGAUUACUUUUAUGCCAAAAUACCUGGAGCAACAAUACGGAAUAUCUGCAUCAGAUGCCAUCUUUUUAAUAGCCGUUUACAAUCUACCAGUUAUAUGCUCUGGCUAUUUCUUGGGAGGCCUUUUGAUGAAGAAAUUCAAGAUAAGCACCUACAAAGCUGCCCACAUCGCCUUUUGGAGUUCUGUGACUGAGUAUCUCAUCUACUUCUCUGCAUAUUUCAUGGUCUGCAAAAAUUCGUCUGUGGCUGGUUUAACUAUUUCCUAUGAAGGCAUCGAACGUAUCUCCUACUCGGAAACAAGCUUAUUUGCAGAAUGCAACAGUCACUGCGGGUGCUCGACCAAAGUGUGGGAUCCGGUUUGUGGAGAAAAUGGAAUCGCAUACGUUUCGGCAUGCCUGGCUGGAUGUGACGUGGUGAACGGAACUGGGAGAAAUACAGUAUUUGAAAACUGCACCUGCAUUCCGGCUUCGGGUUUUCCAUUGGCAAACAGCUCAGCAGUGUUGGGCCAGUGCGGCCGAGAAGAGGCGUGUGACACCAUGUUGCACUACUAUUUGAUUAUGUCUUUGGUUUGCUGCUUAAUUUAUUCCACUGGAGCCAUGCCGGGUUAUAUGGUCCUAAUAAGGUCUCUAAAGCCAGAGGAGAAAUCAUUUGGGGUAGGACUCCAUGCCCUGGCAGAAAGAGUGUUUGCUGGAAUUCCAUCACCCAUUUAUUUUGGAACUAUGAUUGAUACCACCUGCUUGAAAUGGGGGACAAAGAGCUGUGGGGGAGAAGGAGCAUGCCGAAUGUACAAUUCUGACACAUACAGACUGCUGUACCUGACUGUGCCUGCUAUUCUCCGUGGGGUAUCCUACAUCCCUUGCGUGUGCAUACUCUUGAUUUUAAGGAGACAGCCUAAGAGCAGAAAAACUGGAAACCUAGAGAUUGAAGCCAAAGAAGAGGAAAAUGGAGCAGCCGAACAGAAGGAGGCACCAAACACCCCAAAAUGUACAAAUUUGCACCUAGAAGUAAUUGAUAGUGUAAGCAAGGACUUCAGUAAAGACUAGGUGCAUUUCAAGUGAAGUUGAUAAUCGUCAUUUUAAGAUGGGAUGAAAAGAACGGAAAUUUCUUACAGGUACUCUCUCUGUCUCGAUGGAUUCAAAGUGCAAAACAUGAGGUUCCACAGUUUGGUGUAGUGGUUAAGUGUGCGGACUCUUAUCUGGGAAAACCGGGUUUGAUUCCCCACUCCUCCACUUGCACCUGCUAGCAUGGCCUUGGGUCAGCCAUAGCUCUGGCAGCUGCUGUGAGAGCCCUCUCCAGCCCCACCCACCUCACAGGGUGUCUGUUGUGGGGGAGGAAGGUAAAGGAGAUUGUGAGCUGCUCUCAGACUCUUCGGAGUGGAGGGCGGGAUAUAAAUCCAAUAUCUUCUUCUAUUUACUGGUGAUCAAUAGCAGCUUGAACCGGCUUAGUUUCACCUGUGUUAUAACUUGAGUAUCUCACCUGUUACAGUCUUCCCAGAAUGCCUAUGGCAAGUAGCAGUGGUUGACAGAUGCUGUCAGGUCUCCAUCACAAAGGUUGUUUGUGUAUUUGUGUUUAUUUCAAUGCACCAUCUUGUAGGUCAGUUUUCCUUUUGCAUUUCUACUGUCUGUAUAAGGCUUUUGCUAUUAAUGUAAACGAGUGUCAUCUACUGCCAAAGAGAAUUGCCUGGCAGUCUGAAAAGUCCCCUGCAAUUUAUAGAUUGCAGAACCAAGGAAUAUACUGAAUACAGCUGCCCCAUCACCACAGUUUGUCCCCCAGCUGCAAACUCAGAGGUCUCAAACAUGACACUUGCUCUCAACUUUCCACCGGUAAUUAUAAUAAUGCUAGCCUACCUUACAGGGCUGUUGUAAGGGUUUUGGACAUAAUACAAAUAAAAUGGCUUGAAUACUAAGAAA